GUAGUGUUUAGCUGUUUAGUUUAGCGUUUCUUUAUUGCCGUUGCCGAAGCUCCGGUCAUUAGUUAUAGUUAUUGUUAAUCGUUGUUGCUACUGCAUAGCGCAUUUUCGCAUUUUCAAAUAAUUACAAUUUUCAUGUUCGUACUUCGUUUGGAAAAAUUUUAUAUGUACUUUGCUCAAGCCGACUUCGUGAUUUGUUUCUACAUACAGCCACAUCGUGUUGAAAAUUUACGAUUCGAUUCAUUUGUCGCUGUCGGAAGCUGAGAACCGCAUUGGCCGAGUGUUUUGUUCGAUUAUUAUGAAAAUAUUAUUUUUCAUUACAACAACUACCUAUUCAAAUUAGAAGCAGAAGCUACGACUAGGAACCAGUUUCACCCCUAUUGCGAUCCGAAGCAACAUUUCAGCAAUGGACAAUCAAGAAUCAGCCAAUUCGAAUGAAAAUCCGAUUGUUUUCUCCUCCCUGCAAGGAACACUGAAGUCGAUCGCUUCUUCAAAACUGGCUUUGCUGUGUUGGCGUCAGCAGUUCGCUCAUCUUUACCUCGACGAAUUUAAAACUCUGCGGGUUGAGUGGUUUUCAACGCACAAAUUCAGCAUCGGUGAUAUUUUUUUACAAACAGAUAUGCCUAGUUGUAUAAAAAACCUUCUCGAUCAUGGUAUCGCACGGAUGGGCCGAGAGCUGAAACGGUACUUGCAUCGUCUGGAGCAGUACAUCGAUGAUAAAUUUUAUGAAAUCGCUGCAAUCUGUCUCGACUGUGUGAUUCUCGCGCCGAAUGGUCUAAUUUGUGAUAAAAGUACCGCUAAAAAUGUAUUAGCGAGUGUCGAAUUGAAUGAUGAAAUAAGCGCAUAUAAACUCGCUUGUGCGUAUUGUUUUGAAAACGACAUCCAACGUUUGUGGCCCUUGGUAUCGCAAGAUAUUGAUAUUAGUUCGGCUGAUGAAUUUUCUAAGCAUCCUCCUUCACUUUAUUAUUGGACUUGUUAUAUGAGAAGCGAGUUGCAUCUGAUACCAGGAGAUGAUGGAGACUCGGCUGAAUUUCGCGUCUUGUCGUCACCAAGAUCGUUGGAAUGGUCGGCGAUGGAAUACUUUUGGAAUAAAAUUGAUUCUCGUCAACGGACUUUCAUAAUUCCAUCUCUUCUGCGAAAGUACAACGUUGCUCGGUAUUUGCUGCCAAAAUUGAACUGGACGCAAUGGCAACAUAUUUUACAAUCCCCCGAGAUACGGGCUUUCCAUAUCUUAUACGAUUUGACGAAAAGUGAAAUUCAUGUUGAUGAAAUUUUGCGAACGUGGAAUUUCAUGAAAGAUCAGAUAACCGAAGAUGAAUUUUCCGCCAUUUUGUAUGCAUUACCGCAAUGUGAGUUUGAAGGUCACCGGAAACCCAUCAAUCAGAUAACUUACUAUGUAUGGUCGAGUGCACCUGAUCGUUUGAAGAACGUAAUUUGUAAUUCUCCCUCCGUUAACUUUAUUUUCAGUUUAUCGAUUUCGUGGAACAGUAACAGUAUAAUAUGUCGGCGCGAUAUCGACUUGCGAUUUCAGCUUGAUCUCUUGAAAAAUUUGGACAUUACGUUGAGAGAAACAUUAUGGCAAAGACAUUGGCGAGAAUUAAUUAUGGUAGCGAAAGUUUCGGAUUUGGACAAGUUGAUGAAAUUAUGCUUCCUCGAUGGAACCUCAAUUGUUGAAUUUAAAUGUAGAAUGGCGAAUGUCCACGAUCUGAGUUACAAUUUUACUGAGUAUAUCCGAAACGGUUUAUGCGACGAAUUGAUCGAAUACUUGAGGUUCUGUUCGCCGAGCGAAGAUGACGUUCGAAAUAAAAUGAAACAAAUUGUCGAUUUGAACGUGUCCUCGAUACACGAGUUCACGUUUAAUGCACUGGUCAAAUUCAACGACUUCAUCUUUCGUUCAUUUCCAUCAGAGGAGUUGGCCGACGAGUUUAGACGUGAACUCAUGAAAGAAAACCUGGAAUCAUGGAUCAAACUAUUGGAUGAAGGUUAUCUGAACGAAGUAAAAAAUAUUAUCGAAUGUUUCCUGCCUUCCGAGCCGAAUUUGUUAUCCGAGGUCAAACGAUCGUGUUACACACGUUGUCUGCGUAAUUUAAGCAAAUGUGCAAUCGACGACUUCAGUUGGCGAAAAUGGCAGCAGUUUCUCAAAUGGUGUGCUCCAAACGAAGAGGCAAUAGCAAAAUUCAAGAAAACCUUACCAAUCUAUGACCUGUUUGACCUGCUCAUGGAGUAUAUUAUCGUAUUGAAAACCCCAAUUGGUGGUUAUCCCGUAUGUUCUGGCACUUCUCCGCUGGACCAGAAUUUAAUUUAUGUGAAUAAUUUUUUACUGUGGUAUUUUGAAUCUGAGGAAGCCACGAUAUCUUUUAAAUUGCAUAAAAUUAACAAUUACAGACAAGUCGACAUUCUUAAGAAUAUAUUGAAUGGAGAUAACAAGACCAUUAUUAAUACUAUGUUGGAUUGGUUUUUCGAUGGUGAUCACAUUCGAAGGCGCAUUUUUGAUGAAACACUCUGAUAUGACAAAAAAGACGAUCAAGUUCGAAUACUUGUCGGAUUCAGACGCGACUGACGAUCAUAGUGAGUUUUCUGAACGGUCGAAUGAUUUUUCAAAUCGAAAAAUAUAAUAAGUUAAUGUCGAUGAUGUUUUUUUUUCUAUGAAUAUUUUUGUAUCGUGUACCGAUCGGUAGGUACUUCACUUACCUACAAUUCAUUUUUUCUUCGAUCUUUUUUUUUACUUAUUACUUAUUAGAUUUUUACUUCUCAAUGUAGGUAGAGUACACCACUACACCUAGGUGUAUUUUUUAUAUUGAAUAGUUCUCAUUUUUGUGUUUUUUAUUUUUUUAAUUCAUUUUAAAAUAGAUGAUCAUUUUUAGUUCUGAAA